AUGUUCCCAGCAGCCUGUGUGGGUGGCACUGUGGGUGUUCUGUCUCAGCUAAAUCAGGACUUGCUGCCAGCCCUCUGCACCACAGAGGUGGCUGCCAGUUCUGCAAACGGGUUAGUCAUUGCUUCAAGAGAGCGCACAGACCCAUACACAGCUGGGCUGCCAACAGCCAUUGGAGUGUUUGGUUCUCCUUCCUGCAGCGUUGGCCCCCUGCACAGUGACCUGGAGUACACUGUGACCUCCCAGAAGGAGGGCUACGUACUGACUGCCGUGGAAGGAACUGUGGGAGACUCCAAGGCUUACGCCUUGGCCGGUGUAAGCUUCGAGAUAAAAGCUGAAGAUGAUCAGCCUCUCCCUGGGGUCCUCUUAUCCCUCAGUGGUGGUGUGUUUCGUUCCAACCUCCUGACUCAAGACAAUGGCAUUCUGACGUUCUCAAACCUGAGCCCAGGCCAGUACUACUUUAAACCCAUGAUGAAGGAGUUUCGCUUUGAGCCGUCCUCACAGAUGAUAGAAGUCCAGGAGGGGCAGAACCUGAGGAUCACCAUCACUGGCUUUCGGACUGCCUACAGCUGCUAUGGCGCAGUGUCUUCUUUAAACGGAGAACCAGAGCAGGGCAUCACAGUGGAAGCUGUGGGCCAGAAGGACUGUAGCAUCUAUGGAGAAGACACCAUGACAGAUGAGGAGGGAAAGUUCCGGUUGCGUGGACUGCUGCCAGGGUGCAUGUACCAUGUGCAGCUGAAGGCAGAAGGCAAUGACCACAUCGAACGGGCACUGCCCCACCAUCGGGUAAUUGAGGUUGGGAACAAUGACGUGGAUGAUGUGAACAUCAUAGUCUUCCGGCAGAUCAACCAGUUUGACUUGAGUGGAAAUGUGGUCACUUCUUCUGAGUAUCUUUCUACUUUGUGGGUGAAGCUGUUCAGAAGCGAGAAUCUUGACAACCCCAUCCAGACGGUAUCCCUGGGCCAGUCGCUUUUCUUCCACUUCCCACCACUGCUCCGAGAUGGCGAGAACUACGUUGUGCUUCUGGACUCGACGCUCCCCAGAUCCCAGUACGACUACGUCCUUCCGCAAGUGUCUUUCGCUGCAGUGGGCUGCCACAAGCACGUCACCCUGUUUUUCAGUCCCACGAGGAAGCUACCUGAGCAGGACAUUGCACAAGGGUCCUACAUCGCCCUGCCCCUAACACUGCUGCUCCUGUUGGCGGGCUACAACCAUGACAAGCUCAUCCCUUUGCUGCUGCAGCUGACGAGUCGUCUCCAGGGAGUCAGAGCACUUGGCCAGGUGUCCUCUGAUAGCAGUGGCCCAGAGGACAUGAAGAGACAGACCAAGAAACAGAAGACCAGACGCACAUGAGGAGGACUGAGGCCCGUCCCUGCAGAUGGCACAGCCAGGGCUACCACCUGCCUGGGGACAAAGGCACAUGCUCACUCUCUGCAGGCAGGCCCUGGGCCCCGUGACCACUCCGUUGGUGUCCUGCCUGUCUGUCCUUUCCUGUGUAGCUCUGUGGUGCAAUGCGAUGAAUGGACCCUUCUGUCACCCUGCUGAACACAAUUUAUUUUCUGAGUUGAAGAUAAUUUAUUAUUAUUAUUUUUGUCAGAGAAGUAUUUAAGCCUAGCUGGUGGCGUGAGACCGUAACUCAAAUCUUCCACAUUCGUUUGCAAGAAGAGUCCAGUAAACAUGGCCUUUGUCUGCAUGGUGAAGUAC